CUUAGGAGUUAGGACAGAGAGAGGAGAGAGAUAGAGAUAGAGAGAGAGAGAGAGAGGGGGAGAGAGAGCGCGAAGCGAAGAGAGAGAAAGAGCGACGGAGAUUCAGUGCUCUGCUAUUAUCACGCCAAUGGCAGUUAGGGUUUAAUUGGGUCCUGUUUGUAUCUUAAAAAGGAUUUUGUGUACAUAACGCAAGCAAAACUCUCUCUCGUUAUUACUUUCUCUCUCUACAAAAACCCUAAUCCCUUAAAACCAAAAAAAAUUAAAAAAAAAAAUACUUGCCUUCAAUUCAUUCUCUGUGGUUGGUGUAGUGAAUUCCUUCGCCGCUUAACUUCCAUGGGUGCUCAGGAGAAGUCACCCAACGAAAACAAUUCGCUCCAGCGUGUUAAGGUCUACCGUCUAAAUGAUGAUGGGAAAUGGGAUGACCAAGGAACAGGGCAUGUAACUGUAGAUUAUUUGGAGAGAUCAGAAGAGGUUGGGUUGCUUGUUGUUGAUGAGGCAGAUAAUGAAACACUGCUACUUCAUCGCAUCAGCUCGGAUGAUAUUUAUCGUAAACAAGAAGAUACCAUAAUUUCAUGGAGAGAUCCAGAGUACUCAACUGAGCUGGCCCUUAGCUUUCAAGAAACAACUGGCUGUGCUCACAUAUGGGAACAUAUCUGUAAUGUUCAAAGAAAUAUGCAACUCAAUAAUCUUAACAGUGAUAGGUAUCAUAGUAUCAAUAGUGAGUUGAGGGAGUUGCCUCCAGUUGAGAUAUCAACCCUCCCUUUGAUACUAAAGGCUGUUGUGGAGAGUGGCAUUGCUGAUCAGUUACGUUUGAUAGAGCUCAUGUUGCAUGAUGAAGACAUUUUCCGAAAAUUGAUGAGCUUGUUUAGAAUAUGUGAAGAUCUUGAGGACAUGGAUAGUCUCCACAUAUUCUUCAAAAUAGUCAAAGGAAUAAUUUUCCUCAACAGUUCUCAGAUUUUUGAAAAAAUAUUUGGCGAUGAAUUGAUCAUGGAUAUCAUUGGAUGCCUUGAAUAUGACCCGGAUGUACCUCAUGUCCAUCAUCGCAAUUUUUUGAAAGAGAAUGUGGUUUUUAAGGAGGCUAUACCUAUUAAAGACCCUGUAGUGUUGUCAAAGAUACAUCAAACAUAUAGAGUUGGCUAUUUGAAGGAUGUCAUUUUGCCUCGAGCAUUGGAUGAUGCAACUGGUGCUACACUUACUAACAUAAUACAUACAAAUAACGCAUAUGUUGUAUCCAUUUUGAAAGAUGAUAGCACCUUCAUUCAUGAAUUAUUUGUGCGGUUGAAAUCUCCGGCAGUUUCUGAGGAGUCAAAGGAAAAUUUGGUACGCUUCUUGCAUGAGUUCUGUACUUUAAGUAAGAGCCUCCAGAUGGUCCAGCAGCUUCGGCUCUUCAAGGAUCUUGUCGAUGAAGGCAUCUUUGACAUUGUCAGUGAUGUGUUGCAGAGUCAAGACAAAAAACUCGUAUUAACAGGGACAGACAUUCUCAUUCUUUUCUUGAAUCAGGAUCCAAACCUUCUGCGUUCUUAUGUAACUCGUCAGGAAGGCCUUUCUUUGUUUGGACUUCUGGUAAAAGGCAUGUUGACAGAUUUUGGAGAUGAUAUGCACUGCCAGUUCCUUGAAAUUCUUCGCAGUCUUUUGGAUUCAUAUAAUUCGGGGACGCAGAGAGAUAAUAUUGUUGAAAUUUUCUAUGAGAAGCACCUGGGUCAACUAAUUGAUGCCAUAACAUCUUCUUGUCCUCCAAACACCACAUCUCAAAGCAAAGGAACUGAGAAGCAGAGCAGUGUAAAGCCCGAGAUACUACUCAACAUUUGUGAUCUUCUCUGCUUCUGUGUCAUGCACCAUCCUUAUAGAAUAAAGUGCGACUUUCUUCUUAACAAUGUGAUAGACAAAGUUUUGUUUCUGACGCAAAGAAGAGAAAAAUAUCUCAUAGUUUCUGCUGUUAGAUUUAUGAGGACUCUCAUUUCUCGUAAUGAUGAGCAUUUAAUGAAUCAUAUAGUGAAGAACAAUCUUUUGAAGCCGAUUGUUGAUGCUUUUGUUGCCAAUGGCAAUCGGUAUAAUCUUUUGAAUUCUGCUGUUCUGGAACUUUUCGAGUAUAUCCGUAAGGCAGAAACCUUGAAAGUAUUACUUAAAUAUUUGGUAGAUACAUUUUGGGAUCAGCUAGUCAGAUUUGAGAACUUUUCAUCCAUUCAAUCGUUAAAAAUUAAAUAUGACCAGGUUCAUGAUACCUCAGGAGCAAGAACUGUUGCUAAUCCGGUUGACACCAGGAAAAGGGUUGAUGAGCGUGCUUUGGAAAAGGAAGAGGAAGACUAUUUCAACGAGGAUAGCGAUGAAGAAGAUUCCACAUCAGUAUCUGUGUCAAAUGCUAAUAGAGUUCAAUCUCGGGAUUCUCGGCGAGUCGUGGCUAAUGGUUCUGCUCCGAGCUAUCCAGCAGUUAGGUCCGGGGGUCUUGUUGAUUAUGAUGAUGAUGAGGAUGACGAGGAUUAUAAACCACCACCUAAGAAACAGUUGGAUACUUCUGAUGAAGAUGGAGUAGAGUCAUUCCCCUUGAAACGCAAACUAACCCAAAAGGAAGAGCCUAAUCCAAAAAGGUUGCAGCGGGCUGCUAAGACCUCCUCGAAGUCACGUAACAGUGUCUUUGCUGCCUUGUGCUCGACCUUGAGCCAAGCAGUUUUGCCGAGUAGCAUAUCAGCAAAUAUUGCUCAUGACGACGAUUCUUGCUCAGGAGACCCGAAGGAUUCAACUGAAGCUGGUCACGAGAAAGGUAGCUUUUCUGACAGCAACGGAAGCGUGGAAGCUGAAAACCAUGUUGACAAGGAAGAGAUUUCUCCUAAAAACUUUGCGGAAGGCUUAUCCAACUCUCCGGAUAAUAGGCAGUGGGGAGAUGACGGCCCAUUGAUACAACAAAAUUCAUCUCCCGAAAUGGCUGUAAACGGAUCAUGACCCGUGCCCAAGAACCACACACGCCUGCCUCCGGUGGACAAUUUGUUACUUUGAGCACAUGGUUGCCCGCAAACCAGCAGUUGGUUGCAAAAGCGAAAAAGGGAAAAACUGCUGUGAUGCAUGCCGUCGUGUACUGAAAGAGGAUGAUAUGAUAAUGUACAGUGCCGUUGCAAGCAUGGGGAGAGAUCUCCAUGACGCUUUAAGCUUGAGUAAAAUUAUUUACCCUUGCGAAAAAACGUUCCGAUAGCCAUAGUUUUUGCGAUUUUAUCGAAUCUCAUAUUUGCGCUCUCCAUUUUGCUUCCCUCAGUUCAGUUUCUUCUUCUUCUUCUUCUAUGUGAAUCUCUUAAGUCACUGACUCUCUCUCGUCUUAGUUCUUAUUGGUGGCAAUAUCUUCACCCUGCAAGCUUUUGAUUAUAUUGAAAUGAAAUUUUGAAAAUUGUGGGUGUAACACUAGGGGAUGUCAGUGCUGUCGUCCUUCAAUGUUAUGUAAUGUAACUUUAAAUAGAAAAGAAUUGUACAUUAUGCUUUCUAGAAAACACACCCAAUAUUUUAUUAU